AGAGAGUAAAAGAUCAUCAUCAAGUACAACUAUGCAUUAAACUUCAAAUUUUCAAAGUAAUUAAAGAUUGUUGAUAAUGAAGAGAUUAAGUAGUUCAGAUUCAGUGGGUGGUCUCAUCUCUUUAUGCCCUACAACUUCUACAGAUGAGCAGAGUCCAAGAAGAUACGGUGGGAGAGAAUUUCAGUCGAUGCUUGAAGGUUACGAGGAAGAAGAAGAAGCUAUAGUUGAAGAAAGAGGACACGUGGGUUUGUCGGAGAAGAAGAGAAGGUUAAGCAUUAACCAAGUUAAAGCUUUGGAGAAGAAUUUUGAGUUAGAGAAUAAGCUUGAGCCUGAGAGGAAAGUUAAGUUAGCUCAAGAACUUGGUCUUCAACCUCGUCAAGUUGCUGUUUGGUUUCAGAACCGUCGUGCACGGUGGAAGACAAAACAGCUUGAGAAAGAUUACGGUGUUCUUAAAACUCAAUAUGAUUGUCUCCGUCAUAACUUUGAUUCCCUCCGCCGUGACAAUGAAUCUCUUCUUCAAGAGAUUAGUAAACUGAAAACGAAGCUUAACGGAGGAGAAGAAGAAGAAGAAGAGAACAACGCGGCGGCGACAACAAUGGAGAGUGAUAUUUCGGUUAAGGAAGAAGAAGUUUCGUUGCCGGAGAAGAUUACAGAGCCACCGUCGUCUCCUCCACAGUUUCUUGAACAUUCGGAUGGUCUUAAUUACCGGAGUUUCACCGAUCUACGUGACCUUCUUCCAUUAAAAGCGGCGGCUUCUUCCUUCGCCGCCGCGGCUGGGUCUUCAGACAGUAGCGACUCAAGCGCUCUUCUUAACGAGGAAAGCAGCUCUAACGUCACGGUGGCGGCUCCGGUGACGGUUCCUGGCGGCAAUUUCUUCCAGUUUGUGAAAAUGGAGCAGACGGAGGAUCACGAGGACUUUCUGAGUGGAGAAGAAGCUUGUGAAUUCUUUUCCGAUGAACAACCACCGUCUCUACACUGGUACUCCACCGUUGAUCACUGGACUUGAAGCUGUAAACACCAACGGAAGAGAUUUUGGAUUAUAUGCUCUCUGCUUCUCUCUGGAAUCGAUGGAGAAGAUGGAAAAAACAGAGGAGGGUAAAAUGGGAAUAAUUGUUAAAAUUGAAG